AUGAAAUACGACGUACCCCCUAUCAACCGUAGAAUAACUCAGGAGGAACUCUUGAAAAGGAAAGCUGAGGAUAACAUGUUAGCUGUUCUUCAACAACGAAGGGAUCGAAUUCAGCGCCGGAUAUCAGUAGCUGAGGAGAAGCUUCAAUCUCGUGCUGAGGGUGUAGCUUCAGACUUGGAUGCUUCGGAAGACGAACCCGUAUGGGUGCCACCGGAGCGCAAAAUCAAACCAGACCGGCGCACUAGAGAGAUUGAGAGGCUGGUUCAAGCCGACCUUGAGGCUGAGCGCGGAGAAGAAGAUUACUGGGAGGACUAUGAUCUUGAUAUUCAUCCAGACUUCGUCAAUAGCCUUGAUAAUGAUUCUGAUGAAGAAAUCGAAGAAGAUUCUGCAAAGGAUGAUGAUGAUGAAUCCGAUAAUUCUGACAAAUCUGAUGACUCUGACGAAUCUGACGAUUAA